ACUAUUGGCGAGUCAGAAAUGCCCAGUGUUUUGAACCAGUUAUUGCCAAUGAUAAAGCCUUACAACGAGAGGACAAAAGAUGAUUAUACCUGCGAGGACUUCCUUGUCUUGCUGGUAUACAUGUACUCUGUGGUUGGAGAAAUCAAAAGUGGAAAAGAGCUGGACACAGCUGAAGAAGAGGUGAGAAAGGCUCUAGUCAAGGCCGUUUGUGAUGAGCCAGCACCAUCUCCGUUGUUGCAGAAAAUAACAGGCUGUGACUCGUCACUGAACCUGACAUCUCAGAAAGCCACAGAUGCAGUGGACGAUAUCUUUCGAUCCCUCAGGGAUAUUGCAAGAGCUCGAAUGCACAUGAAACAGUUUAAUUCCAUACAUAAUCCAGGCAGCAACACCCGCCAGGCUUCUUACAAACCGCUGCUGAAACAGGUAGUGGAAGAGAUCUGUAAUCCUGAUCGACCUGAUCCUGUUGAUAUUGAGCAUAUGUCAUCAGGCCUCACCGAUCUCCUUAAAACUGGAUUCAGCAUGUUCAUGAAGGUGAAUCGCCCUCACCCUGGUGAUCAUCCUCUUCUGAUCAUCUUUAUGGUUGGUGGAGUGACAGUCUCCGAGGUCAAAAUGGUGAAGGAUCUGGUAGCAACACGCAAACCUGGUACCCAGGUAAUUGUGCUCUCCUCUGCACUCCUGACACCACGUAGUGCUAUUGAGUUGGUGUUUGCCACAGACCGUCUCCAGUCUGACACCGAUAUCUGAUGGGGGAGGAUCUGUGGAGAAGAUGAGUGAGUGUCUCAGCUGGAAACAUCAAAUCCCUGGUCUGUCGCUCUUCCCAAUAGCCUUCCAAAAAAUGACAUGUCCCCUGCUG